AUGGACAUCGAUUCCAGGAUCAAGGCCUACCGAUUCGUCGGCUAUGCCGCGUUGACCUUCUCCACCGUCGCCAUACUCUCAGUGUGCGUGACCCUUCCAAUGGUCUACAACUACAUCCACCAUGUCCGUCACAAUGUCCACAAUGAGCUCAUCGAGUGCAAGGCCGAGGCUAAGCGUCUCUAUCGCGACGUCACCAUGAUCCCUGACGUUCUCGGCGCCGCCCACAAUCGUACCGCUCGUCAAGUUGACGGCAAAUGCGAAGGCUGCUGCUUGCCGGGAGCACAAGGGCCACCAGGAGCUCUGGGAUCCACCGGAAGACCUGGAAAGCCGGGAGCGCCAGGACUCAACGGAAAUCCGGGACGCCCACCAAAGGAGCCGUGCGAGCCUGUCACCCCACCACCAUGCAAGCCAUGCCCAGAAGGACCACCAGGGCCAGCAGGACCCCCAGGACCUGCCGGAAACAAGGGACCAUUGGGACCACCAGGACCACAAGGACCACCAGGACCCAACGGCGAGCCAGGAAACAAGGGAGGCGAUGGACCACCAGGACCAGCCGGAAAGCCGGGACCAGCGGGACCACCGGGCGAGAAUGGCAAGAACGGCGAGCCACAACCGGGAGCACCAGGAGAGCCAGGACGUCCAGGACAACCAGGACCACGCGGACCAUCAGGCGAGCCCGGAAAGGACGGAACGCCAGGACCACAAGGAGAGAAGGGCGCUCCGGGAGAGCCGGGACAACCAGGACGCGACGGUCAGCCAGGACAUCCAGGUCAGCCAGGAAAAGACGGAAAGCAAGGAGAAAAGGGAAUCUGUCCAAAAUACUGCGCUCUCGACGGCGGCGUCUUCUUCGAGAACGGCCAACGUCGUUAG